AUGGCGGCCAUGGAGAUGGAGGAGGUGCUCGCCCUGGUGCCGGGCUUCGUCGACAUCCUCGUCCUCGCCGGCGGCCGCGCCUCCUCCGGCGCCGCCGCCGCCUGGCGCCCCGCCGACGUCCAGAAGGCCCUCCGCUGGGCGCUCUUCUUCGAGGAGGUCUUCAGGAACCUGCGUGACUCCGGGCAGUACGAGGAAUCCGCGAGGGAGUUGGACGCGGCGCUCGCCGAGCUCGCCUCAAGCCCGGGUUUCCCCAAGGGCCUUGUCGACAUGCGAUCGGAGACGCUCUCGGCGGCCACCGAGCUGGUCAUAAAGCAUUUCCUGAAAGCCGAAACGACGAGUGUGGAGAACAUCCGGGCUGUUCUCGAGGCGGUCGUGGGGAUGGAUAUCAACGGCAUUGGUGCUAGCGGUGGGUGCGAUGCGUGCCAAGAGUAUGUGAAUGCGAUCCUGAAUAUGGAUCUGUCUGGUUUGCCGCGGACCAAGAGCGGCGGUGAAGUAGGAGCUCCCACCACGGGUCAUUCACGGAUUCUGGUUAACGAGCUUCUGGAACGGCUAGACUCAGCAUCGUGUAUUUCUCUGGCUGAGAGAGGACUGGGCACACUUCUGGACAGCGUGAAGAAGAACAGCUUCAGUGAUCCAGGCAGCCCAGUGAUCUCUAGAAAAUCACAAAUCAUCGACCAGUUUCUUCUGUGGAAACAGUGGAGAGGACGAUGUUUGUCAUACUUACUUGAUGAACGCACCGUUCGGAUUGUGUCUGGAUCUAGUUUUAUCUUUAGUGCUCCCAAGGAGCAGUGGAUGAAGGUGUUUGAACCAUUAAGAGUUUCUGUAGAUUCUUGUCAGAGUGGCCUCGUUGAAGUCAUGGAGAUAUGCUUGCUCGGUUUGAUUUCAAGGCGAUGGGACCCAUUGAUAGAGAGCUUCGUGUCGCAUGCUUUUAGUUCCCUUCCUAUAUCCAAGCAGUAUGCUGAUCUGCACCAGUUGCUUCAGGGAACUUAUCGGGGUGAAUGCCCAGACAAGAUUCUUAAUUUGAAGCAGGAAAAUGACAUUCUUGAGUAUGCAAGGCAGUCAUUAGAAAGUAAACCGCAUGUAUUAUGGCUUCUACAUCCAGUUCUUACUGCGGCAGCAAUUCCGCCACGGUCGACCUUGUUUGAAAUAUACCUUGCAGAAAUAGAUAAGCAAUUUGAUGAAGCUGUUUCCACAGAACGGAAAUGUAAUUGCAGAAGAGAUGGAAUAGAGCAACAUGAUAGCUGUGAGGUUGCCGAAAGGAUUCAAUGUCUCUACACUUUCCAUGUUCAACAACCUCAUCCAAUGGUUCAGUAG